UGCAAAGCACUGUAUUAUUGCAUCAAGGAGGCGAUGGAGAAGAGUGGGCGUCGACAGGACGCGGCCGAGCUCGGCGGAGAGUUCCCAUACAGGAUUGCGCCACGGGCGAGGGUGGCCUUAUACAGGUGUGCAUGGAAGGCGUCGGUCUUCUGUUCCACCACAGCAAGUUCUUUGUGCGGCUCGAUCACAUUCGAAAAUGCUUCACACAGAACGGAGGUAUCUUCGUUUUAGAAGAAUUUAAUCCGAAAACCAGACAAAUACUACAGAGGAAGUACAAAUCUAUUAUGGCUGACCAAAUAUGUUAUGCUGUGCUAUGCGUGUUCUCAUACUUCGCGGCCGGCCACGAGCAGAAGAAGGCGAUCCUCGAGCAGGCGGCGCGGGUGCCUCCUGCCUCGCCCGCUGCGCUUGCGCCCGUCUCGCCCUCUUCGCACUCGCAACGAAGCCCCAAGGCUGACUUUGAAGUGGUCUCGCCUAAAAAAAAGACUAGUCCGCAGGCAGAAAAGAGGUCCCCGGUGAGCCGUGCGGGUGAAGCCAGAGCAUCAUUUGCAAAAAGUGAAGGUGGCGCGCUCACAGAGUCGAGAGAGGUGACGCCAAGUGUCGCGGGGACGGCGGCAAGUAUCGCGGGGCCGCCGGCGUGUGCCACGGGGCCGGCAGCCGGUGUCGUGGGGCCGGCGGCAGGGCCGGGGGCGGGGGCGGGGCCGGCGGAGGGCGGGCAGGCGCACGCGGCGUUGUCUCGUGCGGGGAGCGCGCCGCCGCGCCGGCCGCCGCCGCCCGCGCCGCUGCAGCAGCGGCUCGCACGCGCACACUCGCAAGCCGCCCCGCCGCGACCCCUCGACCCUCCACUGAUACCACCGCGCACUGGUGCCGGGGGCGGGGCAGCGGGGGCGGGCGGCAGUCGACCGGUCGGACCGCCGCCCGCCCUGCCGCCGCGACAGAUGUCCGUUGCGGCCGACUUCAGUGCAUUCAGCAAAGCGGGCGGCAGCGCGAACUCGAGCCCCGCGCGACGGCCGCCAGCCCGACAGGCGUCCACGGGCGGCCCGGGCGGUCCGGGCGGUCCGGGCGGCCUGGGCGGCUCCAGCGGCCCGAGCGCAGCAUUCGCGCCGACCAACCCGUUCACGACGCCGCGCCACCACGCCGAGUUCGUCAUCCCGCAGCGCACCAACGUUCGCCGCUCAUCCACCACCGACCGGAAUUAGUAUCCCCGUCAUACCUCGAAACCCUAUAGGUACCUUUUACAAAAUGUGAUAAUAAUACAUAUAGAUACAUAAUGCGAUCAAAGGAAGAAUAGGACUGCCUUUUCGCCAUAUUGUAUUGUUUUAGUUGUCAAAAUGAUUAAGUAAAAUUAUAACACUAUGUUACUUAGUUAAAUAAUAUAGAAAGAUAUAUAUGUAAAAUAUUUUUUGUGCAAGCUAAUGCAAACAGUACUUUUCAAAGUUGGUGGGUAGAGGUAAAUGACGUUCCUAUUCUUAUAUCGAUCGCAUCGUACGCCGGCACCGAUGUAUAUGUACAUAAAUAUAUAUAUAUUUUUCUUACUAAGCCUAUUUAAUAAAUAAUUCUGGCACCUCUGUUUUAUUCUAAAAUAAAAUGAAUAAAUUAUGUUUUUGUGUUAUCUAUAUAUGUAUAUUUUAAAUUUUUUUGUCUCAUUUUAGAUAACUCUUCGAUAUAUGACACACCAACAUUGUUUACUAAGUAUACUGAGUAAGAAAAACAUAAAGAACGGCAUGUUCCGUUCGUUUUAUCGCGGUGCCCUUUAGUAUUAAUGAUAAUAAAAAUGUCUGUGUUCCUUAAUUACUGUCUCUGCAAUAAUCAUAUUACUUAUAUGCUCGAUGUCCAAUGGUACCUAUGCGAUUUAGAAAAAAAAUGUAUCCUAUUUUUUGACGUUCUGUAGGUAUCACCAGUUGUAUUUAUUUAUAUUUAGCAUUGAACGUUUUUGAGAAUAUAAAAUUGCAUAAUAUGGUUAAGACGAGUAUACCUAUACUAAAUGCUAAUUUGUUUUAUAUAACAAUAUUUAAUACAAACUGUACUUCUUUAUGACGUAACAACAGCGCACAACCGCCUCAACUUGUUGGUUACGUAGGUAAACACGAAAUAACGAAUUAUUUUGUAAAAAUGUAUGUCCGAAAUCUACCAGUGACAUUAAUUAAUUUUGUUAUUGUAUCUAUUCCUGAUCAAAUUACAGUACAACUAUAAUAUAGUUAUUAAAAGCGUUUCGAUAGGCAAUUUGAAAAAAUUAGAGGCAAGCUGAUUUUUGCAUGAAUCUUCCUAUUAUGAUUGUACACAAAAUAUCAAAA